AUGGCGUCGUUUGUAUUCAAGCGAGGUAAGCGCAAAGAACGCGUUCAGUUCGACAAGAUCACGGCCAGGAUUAGCAAACUUUGCUAUGGCCUUGACAAUAAUCAUGUUGAUCCCGUUGAAGUCGCGCAGAAGGUCAUUCAGGGAGUAUACCAAGGCGUCACCACCAGCGAACUAGAUAAUCUGGCGGCUGAGACUGCGGCAUACCUCACCACCAAACAUCCAGACUACGCUGUUCUUGCCGCACGCAUCGCCGUUUCUAACCUGCACAAAGAAACGAAGAAGAAUUUCUCCCACAUCAUUGCAGAUCUGUACAAUUAUGUCAAUCCUAAGACAGGACGACCUUCUGGUAUGAUCUCUGAAGAGACAUACAAAGUCGUAUGUGAACACGCUGAGCUGUUGGACUCCGCCAUCAUAUAUGAACGCGAUUUCCAAUAUAAUUUCUUUGGGUUCAAGACGCUGGAGCGUUCUUACCUUCUUCGGAUCAAUGGCCGUGUCGCAGAACGUCCACAGCACAUGAUCAUGCGCGUAGCUGUCGGCAUUCACGGCGCUGAUGUCGAUCGCGCUAUUGAAACCUACAACCUUAUGUCUGAACGUUACUUCACUCACGCCUCACCAACACUCUUCAACGCGGGUACACCCAAUCCUCAAUUGAGCUCGUGUUUCCUGGUUUGCAUGAAAGAAGACUCCAUUGAGGGAAUCUAUGAAACUCUGAAGAACUGUGCUAUGAUCAGCAAGACGGCCGGUGGCAUUGGACUCAAUAUUCACAACAUUCGGGCUACAGGCGCCUACAUCGCUGGUACCAAUGGAUACUCCAACGGCAUUGUUCCCAUGCUCCGCGCGUACGACGCGACUGCUCGCUAUGUCGACCAAGGCGGUAACAAGCGCCCGGGUGCUUUUGCAAUCUACCUUGAGCCAUGGCACGCCGAUAUCUACGAAUUCAUCGACCUCCGCAAAAAUCACGGCAAGGAGGAAGUCCGUGCACGCGACCUCUUCUAUGCACUCUGGAUCCCCGAUCUUUUCAUGAAGCGAGUCGAACAGGAUGGUGACUGGACCUUGUUCUCGCCCGAUGAGGCGCCGAAUCUCCAUGAAGUCUAUGGUGAUGAGUUCGAAGCUCUAUAUGAGCGCUAUGAAAACGAGGGUCGCGGAAGAAAGACGAUUUCCGCCCAAAAGCUGUGGUAUUCUAUUCUCGACGCGCAGAUCGAGACAGGUGGCCCCUUCAUCUGCUACAAAGACGCAGCGAACAAAAAAUCCAACCAAAAGAAUCUCGGGACGAUCAAAUCUUCCAAUCUAUGUACUGAGAUCAUCGAAUACUCUUCUCCGGACGAGACCGCAGUCUGCAACCUUGCUUCCCUUGCGCUCCCUACUUACGUCAAGGAUGGCGUAUACGACUUCCACAAACUUCACGCCGUCGCCAAGGUUGUGGCUUUCAACCUAAACCGUAUCAUUGAUGUCAACUACUACCCCGUUCCUGAGGCAAGCAACUCCAACAUGCGUCACCGCCCUAUUGGUCUCGGCGUGCAAGGUCUUGCGGAUACUUUCAUGAUCUUGCGCAUGCCUUUUGAAUCAGAGCAGGCGCGCAAGCUGAAUCAGCAGAUCUUCGAGACCAUAUACCAUGCCGCUGUGGAAGCUAGUGUUGAGAUGGCUGAGAAAGAUGGCCCGUACUCGUCCUACUCUGGCAGCCCUGCAUCCGAAGGCUUGUUGCAAUUUGACCUUUGGGGUGUCACGCCUACAGACCUCUGGGAUUGGACUUCCUUGAAGGCAAAGAUGGCGCAGCACGGCCUUCGUAAUUCUCUGCUCGUUGCGCCAAUGCCGACUGCAUCUACUAGUCAAAUCCUGGGCUUCAACGAGUGCUUCGAGGCUUACACCAGCAACAUCUAUACCCGCCGUGUUCUUGCUGGAGAGUUCCAGGUCGUUUGUCCCUGGCUGCUUCGGGAGCUCGUCGACUUAAAGCUCUGGGACGAUGAUAUGAAGAACAGAAUUAUUGCCCAUAAUGGAUCGGUGCAAAGUAUACCUGAAAUCCCAAGCGACGUCAAGGCAAUCUACAAGACCGUCUGGGAGAUCUCGCAGAAGAGGGUCCUUGACCUCGCUGCAGACCGUGGAGCGUUCAUCUGCCAGUCACAAUCUCUAAACGUCCACUUGCAGUCUCCGACGCUCGGCCAGCUCACCAGCAUGCAUUUUUACGGCUGGAAGCGUGGGCUCAAGACCGGCAUGUAUUACCUGCGCACGCGUCCUGCUGCACAGGCAAUCCAGUUCACACUGGACCACAACUUGGUGAAGGAGGUCAAGGCGCAGCAGGCCACCGCGACAUUGGCGGCGGCCCAGUCUAAGGCCUCCGCUGAGCCGUCACCUAGCACCGAUAUCGUUACCCCGACACCAGAGGAGCCUACUCCCGUGUCCAAUGUUGUCGUCAAGGAAGAGCCGAUCACUCCUCAACUCACUGGGGCAAUCGCCACAUCAGAAUCGACAGACUCAGUGCCAUCAUCCCCUUCUCUUAUCACACCUUCGAGCACGGUCACAUCCUUGAGCACGCAAAAUUUCCUCGAGAGCUUGGACGAGAAGACGAGGGCUGCCGCAGAAAGGGACCCAGAGUUUGCUGCCGCGCUGCAGAGGAAGAAGGAGAGAGAGCUUGAGGAGGCGAAGCUCAUGUGUUCCUUGGAAAAUAAGGAAGCAUGUGUGAUGUGCUCUGGUUGAGUACGUCGCGAGUCUGGUUGGCGAUAGAGGUCGACUGGUAUACCUCAUUAUUCUAACAGUUCAUCCGUCCGCUCCCAUCCUUUUCCCCGCUCUUGUCUAUUUGCAUGUCCCUCUCAUCUCGUGUUAUGUUUUGCAUUCCAGCCUGACUUGUAUUCUGUCUAAUUGUACCAAUUGUAAGUUAAUCACAACGAACUGGCUAUAUCGUUCCACUGCUU